CUAACUUCAAAGGAGCUCAAAGCCAAGGGUGAAAUUGACUUCUUGAAUGAUAAACUAUUGCAAGGUGGUCAGCUUGGUGAAGUCAAGACAGGGAUCAAUUACCGUGAGGUACGACAAUAUGACAAUGGAACAUCUGUUGUUAAAUUUUACUUUGCAACCCGAUGUUACUCAGACCAUUUGGAAUCAGUCCUCAAUGAACUCAAAACUAUGCAACCCCAUGCUGUUAUCAUGAACUCUUGCCUCUGGGACCUUCACCGAUAUGGUCCUCGUGGUCCAGAUUCUUAUCAUGUUAACAUGAAGAAACUGAUGGUAGGUUUGAAAAAAGUCAUUCCUAGUGAUGCAGUUUUUAUCUGGAAUGCUACUCUUCCUUUAGAUUCCAAAUGUAAAGGUGGUUUUCUGUUGCCAUAUUAUGAG